GCGGAUCGAGAGAAUGCAACCGUAGGACCAUGGCUGAAGAAUGGAUUCAAUAGGAUUGUAACAGAAGUGUCAACUGUUGGUGGAGUUCUCAAUGACCUCAUACAAAUUGAACACUCUGAGCUGACCAACCAGUCGCAACUUCGGGCGAUGCAAGCUGUCUUCACGGCCCUAGAUGCAUGCAAAGAGGUGGUGCACAUCACAGACACUCAACACAGAAUACAAUACAUCAACCGCCCCUGUGAGACCCUGUUGGGGUAUGCACUAGAUGAUGUAAUUGGAAGAAAUCUCUGGGAGCUCCACACUUCUGAUAACCACAAGCAUGAAUUACGUACAAUCGACCAGAGGCCCUCGGUUGACUUCAGGACAUCAAUGGAGCAUCAGAAGUCAUCGGUGGACCACAAAUCCAUAUCUGACCAUAGGCAAUCCAUUGAUCAUAGACCAAGCGAUUCAAGAGUAAAUCUUGACAUCUCAGAGGCUGUCAAUAUGCAGAUGAGGAGAGGUAGAGAAUGGGAGGGUCUGGUUACGUGUAGAAGGAAGUCUGGUGACACACUACACUUACCAUCCAAAGUCAUACCAGUUGCUCCUUAUGCUCGGAAAAAUGAAUUCUACGUUUACACGAGUGACACCCACGCGUUGGAUCGGCUGGACUUUCCCUCUUCGGUGGACCAGUUUCAUCCUCGCGGCUCAAUUAAAUCCCUCAGGAAAGGCUCCUAUGAUAUACGCUCUCUCAAUAGUGAUGGAACCCAGAACAUCAUCAGACGGCACAGUCUAGUGAAGCUCCACUCCCUAACCAUCGAGGCCCCAAUCACGCGGGUCUUCAACAUCAUCACGGCAGCGCAGGAGAAUUCCCCGGCUUAUGUGGCGCAGGCGUUGGAGAAGGUCCUGGAAAUCCUGAGGUCCACGGAGCUGUAUUCCCCUCAGCUGAUUUCGGCCGCUCCAGACAACAAUAAGCCAGUGCCGGCCGAUCCGGUUGCUACGGACCUUUUGGGAGGAUUGUUGUCGCAAGGGCCAAAGCCACUUCUGUCAGGUCGUCGUAGUAGUAGUGAUACUGCAACUAAGUACAGUCAGCUACCUCGUCCAUCACUUCCCAUGUUGCAACAGCAGGCCUCUGCAGGAAUACGAGAGCUCUUAGCUGAAGAUAUGUCCUGGAACUUCGAUGUCAUCAAGCUGGAGAAAAUAACAGAUAAAAGACCUCUUGUGUGGAUUGGAAUGAGCUUGAUGUGUCGUUUUGACAUCCCAAAUACACUUGGCUGUGAUGAACAGACGUUACAGAAUUGGCUGACAUUGAUUGAAGCCAAUUACCACCCAGAUAACACGUAUCAUAACUCAACCCACGCAGCGGAUGUUCUCCAGUGCACGGCUUACUUUUUAAAUCAGGAUAGAAUAAAACAGCUUUUGGACCCUCUGGACGUGGCCUCAUGCCUCAUAGCAGCUGUGGUUCAUGAUGUUGAUCAUCCUGGCAAAAACAGUGCAUUCUUGUGCAAUACAGAUAAUGAGCUUGCUAUCCUCUAUAAUGAUCUGAGUGUUCUUGAGUCACACCACGCAGCGGUUUCCUUCAAGCACACGCAUUCAGAUGACCGGGUCAAUAUAUUUAAAGCUCUGGACCGCGACACGUACAAGCACAUACGCAAGAGCAUCAUCGACAUGGUCCUGGCCACGGACAUGACAAAGCACUUCGAGCACCUGAGCAAGUUCGUCAACAUGGCCGGGAGCAGCAAGACCCCAGUUAAGGACGAUGACACGUCUUCCCUCGAUGGAGCAAGAGAUUCUCCAGACUUGAUGUCCUUUGGUACGCCAGAGAAUUUGGUCAUAAUUAAGCGCAUGAUGAUCAAGUGCGCUGACGUAAACAACCCAGUGCGUCCGUUGCAUCUGGCCAUUGAUUGGGCGCACCGGAUAGCCAAUGAGUAUUUUUCACAGACGGAAGAGGAGAAGAAACGCAGUCUACCCAUUGUGAUGCCGCAGUUCGACCGGACUACGUGUUCAAUCCCGAAGUCCCAGAUUGGCUUCAUUGAUUUCUUUAUCACAGACAUGUUUGAUGCAUGGGAUGCCCUGGCCGAGAUCCCUGAACUGAUGGAUCACUUGAGAAGAAAUUACCAAUUUUGGAAAGAGCAAGAGGAAGCAUCCAAGAACAUCUCCUCGCAGACCCCUCCAGCUCUGACAGCCAAUGAGGAAGAGGGUCGCGAAGAGGAGACCAUGAAAGAAGUGACGGAGAAGUCCUCAGGAGACGACACAAGCACUCAGAAAGAGACGAGCUAGUGACACCUCAUCUAGGCAUGAUAAUUUGGUUAGGGUUCGGUUAUAAAGGUUCUUUAGACUACUUCAGAAGUUUGAACAGAGAAAUAUAUAUAUAUAUAUACUUUAAACAGAUGAUACUAUAUAGCUGUUUUCAUGAUGGGUUCGAGCAGAAUUAUGUUUUGUGCUAUCUUAAAUUAUUGUUGGCAAAAUAGUAAAACUUCGGUUUAGUGCUAGUAUUUAACAGUAAGAAUUGAAUUCUUUCAUGAAUUAGAUUUAGUAUCCAAUCACAUGGCUACUAUAUUCUUCCAAGUUUCCUAUUUUUAUAUUCCUAUAUUCUAUAUACCUUGGACUUACCCCCCCCCUUUGAGUCCAGUCAGAUUCUUGUUUGGAGUUUGAUGCAUAAUGUUUAUUGUAAAACACUGAUAACGUAAAAUGUUUUGAUAUCUGCCUUGCAGUGUUUAACCACAUUCUCAAGAGCAGUCACAAGAAAUUUUAAUUGUUACUUUAUAUAUACGCACAGAGUAUA